UGUCAAUACAAAUAGCAUGGAAAGUGUGAUAACUGAACUUCGGCAGUUGGGUGAGCGAUUUGUGACUUAUGUCCAGCAUUUGAAGCUUUUAAAAAAUGAAGAAGAUGUCAGUUCACUUAAAAAGGCAAUAUGCAUCUUGGAGAACGAUCUUAAGGUGCUCCGAAUGUCGUAUGAAUGUCAAAUAAAUCACUUGGUUACAACACUAAAUGUCGUAUUGGAAGAGAAAAAAGACCUAGAGGGAGAAAUUCUAGUAAGGAAAGAAAAUGACGCUCAUUUUAUGGAUAGGAUUUCAGUUGAAUCAUUAAAAAAUGCUAAGCUUCUUCAAGAGAUAAGUCGUCUUAAAACUGAAGUCGCUGAUAAAACUAAUCAAAUCACCUCUCUGAAAUUGCGUAUACAAGAGUUAGAUACAGAUAAAGAGGAAAAAGAUUCCGUGAAAUUGAAGCUUACUGAGGAAAUCAAUCUCCUAAAACAAAAACUUUCAAUGUCUGAAGAUUUAUACAAUGAGACUGCUAAUCAGCUCCAAAGUGCAUUGCUGAAACUAGACUCUCAGAAGAUGUUUGCGAAGGAGCGUCUAAGUCGCAGUCAAAACAGAAUACAAUGGUUUAUUUCACAAAUUGCUGCAAAGGAUCUCCAAGUUGAAGAAUCUCGAAGGAAGGAAGCCUCCAUUUCCACUGUCAUCACUCAACUACGUGCCAAAGCCCAGGAAGAACUUAUUCACUACCGUCAGCAAGCUUCAGAAAUUUACAAAAAACCAAUGUCUACUUUGCAAAAUCAGUUGGUUUCAGAGAGGAAAGAAAAUCAAUUACUAAAGACUAAAUGUCUGAAGAAUGAUCAGACAAUUCUUGAUUUGCAACGACAAGUCGCUGAGUUAAAUUCAAAAGUUUGCAGUAGUGAAAGUCAUACUGAACUUUUGAAGAAUGCUUUGGAAAGUUUGGGAAAAGAGUACAGUCGCUUAAGGACUAAAUAUGAGGAUAAAAUUCAGAAAUUAGAAGCGUCUGUAGCUUCUAAUGCUUCAGACUUUGACUUGAUGCGAAGUAAAGAACAUGAAAUUAUGGAAGAGUUGUCGAAAUUUAAAAAGAUGUUGGAUUCAGACGAAGACGGUUUCCACUUACUAACACCUGAGAAACAAAUGGAUUUGGCAAAUGUAAAAAUAGAUAAUCAAGAAAGUUUGGAAUGUCUAGAAAAUGAAGAGAAAAUCGAAUUCGAUAGAAACGAUGCUCCAAAACCUACCUCAUUUGUAGAUUUUGCUGAUCCAUCAAAAAGUGCUCACUCCGUCAUGAUCACAUCGGAUAAUGAACUCCAUGAUACUUCUCACACAAACUAUGAUCAAGAAAACUUUGAUAUUAAGAAGUAUGAUCAAAAGUCUUCGAAAAUUACAACUAUCGAUUUGAAAAUCGAUAACUCAAUACCUGGUAGUCCAACAUCAUUGUCGUCUUUAUCUGGGUCUAAUGCUAUUGGUCAUUUACAAAUUUGUGAAAUUGAUUCAAAUGGUGAAUAUUUACUUUUAUGGAAUUCAAGUAUAAAUAAGGAAAUCGACAUUGGAUUAUACAAAGUUUGGCAAAAGCAUGGUCAUGAGAAAAUGAAUGAAUUUACUUUUCCGCCUGAUAUUCAAAUAUCACCACGUACUGUAUUUACAUUAUGGUCAAAUAAUGCUACCAUCAUACCGAAAAAUGUUCAAAAUUCAAAAACUCAAUUUCGAUGUCCAAAUGUUUGUAAAUGGUUUACUGAUCCAAAUUAUAUUACAAUCAUAUCAAAUUCAUAUGAUGAGAUUUUAGCUUGGCUUGCCCCGUCUACACGAUGUUUUACCAGCCGAACUGGACGAGAACAUUCACAACAGAUUUAUAAUCCUUGUGGAUUUCAUUAUGUACCAAAUCUUAGUCGUGAUUCAUUAACAAUAACAAGACAAAAAUCAUCAAAUAAUAACUUGUCAUCAUCUUCGACAAAUAAUCAAUAUCAACCGACAAAUUCUACUCAAUUAUUAUUAUUACCGAAUGACACUGAAGCAAAUGAUACAGUAGUUCAUCGAAUCAAUUAUCAUGGUAAAACUGCAUCACAAUUUCAUUUGAAUGAUUUAUAUAAACAACAAUCGAUUGGAACUAUGAACGUCAAUAUGGAUCGUGCAUCAGUUACUCACAAAAAUAACAACAAUAAUCAUAAUAACGAUCAUAAUAAUAAUAAUAAUAAUAAUAAUAUCAAUAAUGUUAAAGAUCGUAAUUUAUUAAAAAGCAAAAAUUUAAUUACCCUGAAUCCUCCAAAUCUACUUCAUAAUAAAUUUAUUUUAAAUGAUAAAAUGGUUCCAUAUUCCUCUCAUAAACCAUAUUAUAGUUUUCUACGUCAACUAUCCAUUGAUACUGAUCGAACUAGUUAGUUAUUGAUUUACACACCUA